AUGAAAGACAGUGAAUUCGUUGGAGGAAAGCUAAAACUGAAGGAUUUGAAAAUUAAAAAAGGCAGCCAUUCCAAAGACUCCAAGAAUAAUUACGACGAAGAAACUGGGACAAUGUACAAUGACCAAGGGUAUAGCCAAGGGAAGGACUAUGACAUGAGUGCAGAUGGAAGAACAAAUGUACUUGAAAGUGAAAGGGACACUGAGAAAAAUGGCACGGGAAAGCAAGCCGAUGAAACAAAAUUAAAGGAAGUUUUACAACUGAACUUAACCGAGGCAGAAAAGGCCUAUCAGCUGGUAUUAAAGAAAAGGGAGAAACAACGAAUUGAAAAACUUUUAAAGGAAAGUUAUCGUGAGAGACUGCAGAAGUUUAAUGACAACUUAGCUUCCCUUAGCGAGCAUUUCGACAUUCCGAAGGUUGGGCCUGGCUAG